GUGGUUUCGUCCUGCGAGGGCGACGCACCAUGGACAUCAUGAUGGUGCUGAGCACCGACGACGUCAAGCGCCUCAAGAACAAGUUUGUGCGGCCGCUGAGUGUCGACGAAUUCGUGUUCAUCAUGAUUAAAUGCCUCCACGACCACAUCCACAACGAACUAGAAUUUGUCAUGUCGGUGAUCGAGUUGUACGAAACAAUCGACGUCAACGGGGACGGGUCGCUCGAGUGGGACGAGUUUGCAGGGUACAUCGUGGAUGCGGGGAUUGCCAAGGCCGAGGAAGCGAUUGUCGCGCAGUCUACCAUCAAGCUGUACAGCCCGUUGGUGUUCAAAGGGGGCGCCGCCAACUCCAUUCAACCCAUGGUCGCGGACCGCACGUACAUCCAGCAAGUGGCGAUAUUAGCUGGCCGCCAGGCCUUGGCGUACUUUGAGCAUGGGUCGGACGUCGUGCACAUUUACUUGUUUGGCCACGAUCGAGACGCAGAGCCACGGUUUGCGUCGACGAUUCGACUGCACACGGCGUAUCAAGCGCAUAAGGUGCUGUGCAUCGAAGACAUUGCAACGCGGUCGAGCCUGGCCAUCUCGUCACUCCUAACGAUGGGCUGCAUCACGCUAUGGGACGUCACCCGCCUGUACAACCCGAUUCCCCUGCAACGAAUCGACCUGACCGUUCCGCAAGAAACGCUGACAUGGGUGCCGUCGCACCAACUCCUGCUCGUCGCCACGACGCAGUCCACGUACAAGAAAGCGAGCAAAAAGCAGCAUCCGUUUGCAUUCGUCACCGCGUUUGAUAUUGCAACUCUGGAGCGCGUUCCGCUGGACGUUGGCAUCAAGCAUGUGACGUCCCUGUGUGUGGUGAAGCGGUCGACGCGAACGGCCGUUGCGCUCGGGUCGAUGGACGGCACGAUCACGGUGCACGACAUGGCCAAGGAGAGCCAGCAACGACGCCACGAUAUCGUAGUCGACGCGCACGAGAAAGGAGUGAAAGCGCUCGCGUACUCGGUCAAGUUUGGAUAUCUAGCUAGCAUUGGCCACUACUCGUUUGCAGAAGAGUCGACGAUGGAGGUGCUUGUGUGGCACUUUGACGAUGGCGACAACGCCACGUCAACCGUCCGCCUUGACAGAGCAUUGAGCGGUCACCAUGCGGCCCUGUGCGCGAUCACGGCGGUCGACUGCGAGAGCCACUUGGUGUCGAGCGAUGAAAGCGGCGUGCUUCGAGUGUGGAGCGUCUCGACAUGGGCUUGUUUGCAGACAUUUCACACGUUGCACGUAAACCCGCUGCGAUGCCAAGUCGUAUGGCCAACAUCGCCGCAAGCGGAUGCGUUGCUGCUGUGCGUCGGCAAGUCCGUCGAGUUCCACGACUGCGCGCUUGUCCGCGAGCGCGAAGACUUUUUGUUUGUCGACUUUAAUGCGACCUUCAACGUCAUCUUGGCGGCGACCUACCAUCGGCUCAUCCUGUGGGACUUGGCGACGGGCGAUGUGCGCAAGACGUACGAGCUGCACGUGAUCUACCACGGCAGACCGGCGCACAGCAUCACGGCGGUGUGCUUGGACGAUCGCGAGCGCAAGCUCAUUGUGGGGGACGAUGUCGGGCAAGUCCUCGUUGUGAAUGUCGUCAACGGCAACCUCAUGAAAGAGCUCGACCCGCAUGCCCAAGCGAUUUCGUCGUUGGCGUACGUGGCACGGGCAAAAUGCGUCGUGUCCACUGCCGUCGACUCGACGAUUCACAUUUGCGACGAAAACAACGCCCACGGGUACUAUGUGCCAUUUGCAGGGGCGCCGUUGUCCGUGCUGCUGCGAUCGCUGUGCUUGUCUCCAACCGCCGCGGCUCCCCUACGGCAUCAUCCCCGCCGUGACACAAUUGCCAUCGCAGCGCCCAUCACGAACGCCACCUCGACACCGGACAUGGACAUUGUCACAAGUGUCUCCAGCGACGCGCUUCGACUCGUCGCGACCGUGUCAUCGUGCUCGAUCGGGGAGAGUUACAUCCAGCUGUGGGACUUUGACACGUCUGCGCUGGUGCAAACGUGCAUCGCGCCCGACCCGACCGCCGAUAUCAGCUGUGUGGCAUUUCUCCAAACAUACCCUGGUCUCGUUGCUGGCGUCAGCACGGGCGAUGUAUACCUGUGGGGGGUGCGACCGUCGCCUGGAGCCCCCGCUGCCUCCACCCAACGUUGCCUUUUUCAACUUGUACGUGGCUGCUCCCCAAGGGCAGUGUCGUCGCAGCCUUCAACCAGUCCAGGAACUGCCAUCUCGAGCAUUUUGACCGUGCCCGACCCAGCGAGCGGCGAUUCCCGAGGGGUGAUGGUAUUUGCAGGCGACGAGGCGGGCGAAGUUGUGCGGUGGACGCUUCCGUACUCUGCCGUGGUGGAAAGCGGCCUAUCGGUCCGCCAUUCCAACAACAUGGACGAUAACGAUGACGGAGACGACGCCUCGGCCGAGACGACGUUUGUGACGGCGGUACCGGCAGCGCGACCGUCGACUGCGAAACGAAACAGCACCCCGACUUUUGCGCCAGCAGUUGCGUCGGCAGCACCAGCAAAUCCAGGACGACAUACACACGUCGACGUCACAUGGGAUACCAUGUCGAAAUCCAUUCGAACCGCUAAGCUGUCGACGAUUGCCGCGCCACCGCAGUCGGUUGGGAGCGACGUCCAGUGGCAAGUGGACGGCGGCGCCAUCACCAAACUCGCCCGGGCCAUCUGCACCGAGGACAAGUUGACGAUCUUUACGUGCGUCGCCACUGGGAAAAUUCAAGCGUGGAGCGUCGACGGCAAUGACCAAGGCACACUGGAUUACUUUGCCACGCGCCGCCAGCCAGUGCAUGCGCCGUGGCGGGUCCCUGUAGACGGUUCGUUGCGCCAAAGAGCACAGGAAGCUCGGGCGAAGGCCGUGCUGCAGCAAGUGCGGGGCGUCACAGCGCUGCUGCAAAACAUGGAUGGGAAGGGCUCCAACACGUACGGCCCCACCAGUGUUCCCAAUAAGUCCAAGCCGUCAACACCUGCAUCAUUUACCGGCCGCCUGCCACAGCACUCCGCGAGCAGCACCGACGACGUUAUCACACCACGAACUGCUGCCCGAUACCAAACCCUUGGUCAGCUUGUGGCUCGCAAGGAACGGCGGGCUCUUCGCGCGCCCGAUGACGAAGAGUCUCAACUCAAUGCAUCCCUGGAUGUCGUGCUGCAUGACAUUGGCAAGUUAAACCAUGUGACGCGGUCAACACACGCGCGCAAGAAGCGAACGAUCCACACAGUCGACAGCAUCAUGGAACGGUCGAUAUCCAUGCCGGCGUUACCACCGAAGGCUGCGGCUUCAAUCAAACCCGAUAAACCGAUCAAGGUGAAGGUCCCCUCCAAGCACUUGCUUCCACCUCUGGACCUGCGCCAAGAGAUGGCCGACCUCGCUUUACUCAAGCAGCAGGAAGCGGCGACGAACUCGCCGGACGCAGACAACCCCUCCACACUGUCUGUCCUCAGCUACCACCUGAAGCUCGCCCAUGCAUGGCAGCAAUAAACUACCUUCGAUUAAGCCAAUCAGAACGACGUAUUUCCA